AUGAAUGACUUGAAUCAUCCGGUCUUUGGUGCUAGUUCAAUUCUUCCCACUCCAAGUGGUCUUUUAAAUACAGCUGAGGUGUGCAACAAGCUUGCACCAGAUGUAUGCGACAACCAGCCUGAGUCAUCAGAUUCAACGUCUCUUUUAGGUUCAAACAGUGCCCAAUCUGAUUUAAUCUCUAAUUGCUCAACCAGAUUGAGUGAGACAAGGGCAACUUUCAACAAUUCUCCAUCCAAGAUGUUGGGUUCUUCCACCGAAUACAAUUCAGCAAAAAACAACAGUCAAGAAAAUGCUGCCUCGACUGUCAACCAAUUGAGUGCUAACAGCUCAGCCACUAAUCGAAGUCCUCUAGCAACAUUAGCGCCACCUACAAUGAACACUUCAACAUUCAUGUCUCCUGCCAGAUCAGUACCUGCUACGUCGGCGAGGUCUAACUUAUUUGGCUCUAGCACAGUCGGUCCCAACUUCGAAUCUUUCACAUCUAGAGCAGUCAGCAAUACUCCUAGCAUUCAAGAAGUCCAACCUGCCGAGCCUCUGUUCAAUAAUGCCUCACAUCAAAUUCAGAGCGAUACAGUCAAUGCACCACCCCAGAAACGCGCCAAGACUACUCAUAACAUUGCUGCUCAACUGCCCGCCAAUGAGUUCACAAACAGACUCGACUUGUUUCGCGGUCCUGAAGUUCUCGUCACCGCGGGUAUUCACUUGGGGGUCAAAAGCUAUCUCAUACCUAAAGCAUUACUUAUUCAGGCCUCGCCAUACUUCCAGACUGCCAUCAUAGUUGAAACUUUGGGUCAAAUCACACGAGAAACUCUCAAAAUCGAAUGCUCAAUCUUAGCAUUUGAUUUUGUUGUGCAAUAUCUCUACACUGGUACUUUUGUCCGCCCGGGUAUUGCUGGUUUUAGUUCUGGGUCACAACAAGUUACAAAUCUUAUCGAAUUUUACGAGUUGGCAGAGAAACUUAGUCUUGAUAUCUCAGAUAUGAUCUUGGAUAAUAUCAAACAGCUGCUUAUGAUAGAUCGACUUUAUCUUCAGGCAGGACACAUUCACAAAGUUGUCAAUUUUCCAAACGGACAAAAACUUCGUAUGCUGUUUGCUCGCUCAUGUAUCCAAGCCUACCUUCAGUCUGCCAAUCCUACUCAUGGGAAAGCUCAGGAAUUCCGUUUUCAAAGAGAGCUUGACUCAUUAGAUGGGUUCGCGGCAGAUCUCAUGCGUGUGUAUCGAGAAGUGGCAGACAAACGUACACCUUGCAUUUUCGCCGAAUCGUAUGAUCUUCUUGAUGGCAAGAAAUUCUCUUAUUGA